AUGGGUCACAGUACUUAUAGAAGUAUGUACCAACUGACGUUCGGUUCCACAGAUGCAGCUUCGAGGCUGGAUCCGUGUACUGGUAUGGAAAUGGUUCAGAACGUGGACACUGAUACCUGGUUGUGGUCCACAGAUGCAGCUUCGAGGCUGGAUCCGUGUACUGGUAUGGAAAUGGUUGAGAAAGUGAUCAUUGCUACCUGGUUAGCAUGUGCCACGGAGUUGAGCCAAUUGAGUCGGAUGAAAACGGAGACUGCUACCUGGUUGGCAUGUGCCACGGAGUUGAGCCAAUUGAGUCGGAUGAAAAUGGAAUCGGAUAUAAAGAAAGAAUUUAGGCGAGUUGGGUCAGAAUACUUAUCAAAGUAUGUACCGAAUUCGGCUGUGUUCCACAGAUGCAGCUUCGAGGCUGGAUCCGUGUACUGAUGCAGCUUCGAGGCAGAUCCGUGUACUGGUACGGAAUUGGCUGAGAAAGUGGACACUGCUACGCGGUUGGCAUGUGCCACGGAGUUGAGCCAAUUGAGUCGGGAGAAAAUGGAAUCGGAUGCAAAGAAAUUAAGGCGAGAUGGUUCACAAUACUUAUGA